AUGAGAGCCCCGCCGGUUGAAGUCAUCCUCAGUUGGCCACCACCGAACUACGACAACCCCGAAACUAGAGGCCCGGUCAACCAGAUUAUCGCCCUCGCCCUCCUGGGCAUCUCCACAGUCCUUCUGGCGAUUCGGAUCUACACGCGUCGAUACAUUAGCAAUGGCUUCGGCUGGGAUGACAUCCUUAUUAUCCUGGCCUCCAUACCGGCCAUAGGGUUUGUGGUCAUCGGAGUCAUCGCCUCGCAGAAGUUUGGCUGGGGUCGACAUGUGUGGGAUAUGCCCCCGGGGAUGCAUACGGUGUCGCUCCAGAUUGGUCUCGCAAGCCAGAUCUUGUUCGACCUGGCUACCAGUUUCACCAAGCUCUCGAUGCUUGCUCUGAUGUACCGGAUCGCCUGCGCGGCGUCAAACAAGUUGAGGACACUAGUCAUGACACUCCAAAUCCUCAUCUCGGUCAACUGUAUCGUCUUCAUGCUGGUAUCGAUGCUGCAGUGCCGGCCCCUGCAGCUCUACUGGACGCUCUCGUUCAAGCCACAGAACUGUAUCGACGAGGGCACGCACCUCGUGGCCGCAAGCAUCAUCAACACUUCCACCGACUUCUUGGUGGUUCUACUGCCACUCUUCAUCGUACGCGUCGUCUAUGCCGGCAAGCUUACCUCGAGGCAGACGAUCAUUGUCAACCUCUUGUUCGGUGCCGGCUUCAUCGCCACUGCCGCUGGCGUGACGCGGACGUAUUUUACCUUUAUCAUGACCACGACGCCGGAUGCUUCGUGGCAUGCCUGGAUCAACUGGCUGGUAUCUUGCAUUGAGCUUUUCCUCGGCAUCAUAUGUACCAGCAUCCCCGCCACCAAGCCCUUCUUCAACAAAUACGUUCCGAAGCUGUUGGGCACGGCGCGCAGGUCGAGGUUCAGUGGCCGCGGCGGCGCCGCGCUCACGGAAUCGACCACCAAGGCUUCCGCUUUCACCAGUCGGGCCUCGAACGAGUCUGUUGUAGGGGAGCCCGUAGCCUCUCCGGCAGAGUCGAAAUCCCCCGCGACGAGAGGUUUCAGCGAGGCAACGCUUAACAAACCUCUGCCGGCCGUGGCGAAGUACCACUCGGUUUACACCAUCAACAUCCAACUCGACGAAUCUAGCUUGGGGCCGGCCGACAGGACGCGCGCCCCCGGCGGUCGAAUAACAGAACAGGCAGACAGAGCCUGGCGCCCACCAGCGAGCAACUUCAGCCGGCCAAGGAAUCUCCAUGCCCGCUGCAGCUCGGACCCGUCGAGUCAGCACCGGUUCAGCAUCUACGGCUCGGGAACAACCAGAUCCGAAAGCCGCAGCACCAACACCACAGCAGGCGAGAGCAGCCGCUACAGCCAUAUCCUAGACGACAUUGAGAGCGUAUACCGCCACAGCAUCCGCGAGCCCGACGAGGAGAGGGCCUACAGCCCCCACGUGCGGCACAGCUACUCGGCGGUGCCCGAGCCACUGAAAAAGCACGGCAAGUCCGUGUCUGUGAGCACGUUCAGAGGUUGA